CUGCCAGCCAUAAAUGGCCCCCACUUUUCCCACACAGCGUCCAGUAAUCGUUUCACCACCCAGAAAAGCAGUAGUCCUCGCCCAUCUACCCCAGACUGAAAUGAAGCCUGGGCACAUUCAUAUUCCGGCGAGUUAACGAAUAAAAAUCCGAGAAAAAUAUAUCAAAAAACGUGCCGAAAUUGUAAAUAUUUCUGAAAAAAUUGAAAUCUUUAAUAUGGUAACACUAAAAGUGCAUACUUUUUUAAGUGUGGUGGGUGUGGUUGUACUUUUCGUUAGCGGGAAUAAUGCCGCAUCUGUGGCGUCGUAUUCCGUGAAGAAUAACCCGAAUCGGAGAGAAACCCCGGUUUCUUCCGGGGGAGGAGGAGUAGUAGCAUCACCCCAAAUCCCUGCGUAUUCCACGUUGCCCCAAAAUCUUGGCGGGAGCAGCGGGAGUUCCGGACAACCCAAUUAUUUCGAUUAUCAGGUCGACCAAAUUCCCCAAGCGCAGCAGCCCCAGCCGCAAUUCGUCGCGUUUCAACCGCAACCUCAAAUUCAGGUCCAGCCGCAGCAAGAGCAAUUUCAGCAAUUCCCCCAGCAACCACAGCAGUUUGCCCCUGUGGGGUCGUUCGGCGGGGAUAAUGGCGGCGGGGGAUUUGAGGGGUUUAAUGGCGAUUUUAAUGGAUUUGGGGACCAAGGAGAGAAUGAAGUGCAGGAAGAAUCUCCCGGAUUUUUCACCUCCUUGAUGAACACGCUGCUUGAGGGGACCCGAUUUUCCAACCUAUUUUCCCGUGUCCGAGAAAUGUGGUCCGGACUUUCGGACCAAUUGGGGGGCGGAUUUAUGAGCCGGGUAGCCAUGGGGGCGAUGGCGUUGCCCAUCAUGCUUCCCAUGGCCGCCGUCCCCAUCGGAUUGGGCGCCCUGGGUUUAAUGGCCUUCCCGAUUUUGCAACUCACACUGCCCGGAAUUCGAAGGAGCAUCAGCACCGGAGGAUCCCUUCUGGCCAGUGAGGAAUGCAUGGAGAGACUUUCAUGCAAUUUGGCGAAACGGUUCGAGUAUGAUGCGCUCUUUUCGAGAUUGGAAAGAUCUGACAAUCGUUUUUUGAACCGAGUUUCGAAAUCCGUCAAAGCAGCCCGAACCGGAGAAGACUGCAAACAAUUCGUGUGCUCCCCCGUCACCAAAAUGCAAAACAUGGUGCGAACUUAUCUUCUCGGCGAUUCAGAAAAUAACAAAGUUCAAGAAAGCAAUGAGGAUAAAAAAGUUGAUUAAAAUCAUAAAAUCAUAAAAUCAUAAAAUACGACUAAAUUUUUAAUUGACCACAUUUUACAAGACUGACUGACUGACUCGACAUAGAAAUGAAUAACAUGACAAUUUAGAUAUGACAAUUUGACAAAAAAUGUGACGGCGACGUGACGAAAAAUAUUGUUAAAUUGACAAGUUGACGAUACUUAUUUAAGAGACGUGUUUUCCUUGAUAUUAAUGACACUGACAGCUCAAAUUAGAGGUCGGCGCCGCCGAUUUUACGCCGCCGACGCUGAAAAAAUCACCAAAAUUGGCGUAGCCACCUCCGCCAAAAAUUAGGCGGCGGCGACCCCUUGCUCAAAUUUCUUACUGGAUGACUUCUACUUACUCACAAAAAAAACGAACGAAAUGACGACUUACAUAAAUUACGACAAGACUUAAUUUACACAUAUUUAAAAAAACAAUAACUUAUAUUAUCUAUUUUUUUAUUUGCAAAAUUUUGAAUAGUGUAAAUAUAUAUUUAAAACAAUUUUAUUAUAUGACAUUUAUAUGACGAGACGAGACAGAUAAAAAACGUACUUGACACUCAGGAAAUAAUUUGGUUAAUAAAAUAUAAAGAAUUUAUAUAUUUUUUAAUAUAAAUUGUACAGCUUCAACGUCUAUUACCUGAUAUAAAUGAAGUUUACAUA